AUCAAGUUGAAAUGUGUAAUAAUAAUAGUGAGUUAAAAAAAAAACGUGGAAAAAAAAAAAAGUUAUAUUUAACAAUAUGUACGACAAAUUGUAAAUAUGAAUUGAUAAGAAGAGUUGCUGAAAAAUAUGGAAUGAAAGAAGUGAGUGAAGAUAGUCCAUGGAAUUUAUAUUGGGCUGAUUUGAGUGUUGGUAUUGAACGAGCAAAAGAUAUGAAACGUUUUCAAAAAAUUAAUCAUUUUCCUGGUAUGACAGAAAUAUGUAGAAAAGAUUUAUUGGCUAGAAAUCUUAAUAGAAUGCAACGUUUAUACUCAAAAGAUUAUAAUUUUUUUCCAAAAACAUGGUGUCUUCCAGCUGACUAUGGAGAUAUUGUUAAUUAUGCUAAGAAAAAAAAAUCAAAAACUUUUAUUAUAAAACCAGAUACAGGAUGUCAAGGACGUGGUAUUUAUUUGACAAAAAGUCUCAAGGAUAUAAAACCAUAUGACAGAAUGAUUUGUCAAGUUUAUUUAUCAAAACCACUUUUAGUUGAUGGUUAUAAAUUUGAUCUUCGUGUUUAUACAUUGAUAACAUCUUGUGAUCCAUUGAGAAUAUAUGUUUACAAUGAUGGUCUUGCUAGAUUUGCAACAAGUAGAUAUAAAGAACCAACAAGUUAUAAUACAUCAAAUGUAUUUAUGCAUUUAACAAAUUAUGCUGUUAAUAAACACAGUAGAAUGUAUGUUAAUGAUGAUGAAUUUGGUAGUAAAAGAAAAAUAUCAACUCUUAAUCAAAUAUUAAAAAUAAAUGGAUGUAAUGUUGAUGAAUUGUGGAGUAAAAUUGAUGAAAUUAUUGUCAAAACAAUAUUAUCAGCUUAUCCAAUAUUAAAACAUAAUUAUAAAACUUGUUUUUCUACUCAUGAUUUAACUUAUGCGUGUUUCGAAAUUCUUGGUUUCGAUAUUAUUAUUGAUUGGAAAUUGAAGCCAUAUUUAUUAGAGGUUAAUCAUUCACCAAGUUUUCAUACUGAUGCACAAAUUGAUAAAGAUAUCAAGGAAGGAUUACUAACAGACACAUUUAGACUGUUAAAUCUUCAUCAAUGUGAUAAAAAAAAAAUCAUGGAAGAAGAUCGUCAACGUGUUAGAAAUCGUUUACUUCAAGGAAUAACAACAAAAGAAACUUGUAUUAAUGAUACAGCAGGUACGAUUGAGACAGAUGAAUUAGCCAAUGAACAAGAAAAAUGGGAAAAUGAAAAUAUGGGAAAUUAUCGUAGAAUUUAUCCAUGUGAUGAUGAUAAAUAUAAUAUUUUUUUUAAACAAAAUGGUAAUUCAAUGUUUCAAGAUACAUCUGCAUCUAGAGCUCGUGAGGAAGCAUCAAAAAUUCAACGUGAAGAAGCAAUUUUGAGAACGAAAGAAGAAGAGUGCAAAAGAAUGUCAAAUAAAUAUGACAUGAAAUUAGACACUGAUAGAAUAAAUAAAAAAAAUUCUUCAACAUUAACAUUGAGCAAAAAUAAAUGUCAAAAAAAAGAUAUUAAUAUUACUCCAUUGAUUAUAAAAAAAUCGAAAUUAAAUUUGAUUAAAAAAAAUACUUGUUCAUUUGUUCCGGAAGCAAUAAAUGAUAUUGAAGAAAAAAAACGUAUUGAUUCAUUAAUACAAAGAGAAUUUUUAAUAAAAAGUCAUGGAAUACUUGAACACAUUUAUUUAACAAUGAAAAAAAAUGGUAAUCUAAGACCAGUUGAUAUUAGAAAAUACAGUCAAUAUGAAAAGCUAAUGAAAAAUGAAAAACCA